UGUACAUUGGAUAUACAUGCAACAAGUACGUGUUUGAUUACAACUAUAUCUUAUUUAAUGUAUUGACAUUAAGAUGCAAGUCGACGAAUAUUCAUUUAAAAAUGUGGAUCUAAAUGUAGAGUGGUAAAAUGUGUAGCUUGUGGUAUUUCGUUUUCCUAAUAUUGUUUGUAAAUAUCGAAGGACAGAGUGGGGAGGAUGUUAAAAAUCUAAUCAAACAAUUAUUUACAACAAAUGAUUAUAAAAAGCAAGUCCGACCAAAUCGGGAUCAGCAUCACCCUAUGAAUUUAGAUUUAGAUUUUCAUCUUGUUGGAAUAAAUGAAUUGGACGAACUAAAACAGAGAUUGAUAACAACCGGGUAUUUAAAUAUUGGAUGGAUAGAUGAGUAUUUGAAUUGGACAUCUGCAGACUUUGGUGGAUUAUAUUAUUUUUACGUUCCACAAGCAGAUAUUUGGAUACCUGAUAUAACAUUACAAAAUGGAUUUACAAAAUUGCAGGAACUUGGAAGCAGUUUUAUAAAAGCCAAGGUUGAAAGUAACGGACAAGUAGCGUGGAUGCCGUUUGAAGUUUUUGAAUCAAAAUGUAAAAUAGAUAUUACAUAUUUUCCCUAUGACCGACAAUCAUGCGACAUAAUUUUUGUUGUGUGGUCAAGUAGCGUUACAGAUGUGAUUGUUACUCUGUGGAAUAAUGGAAUCGUUCUAGAUAGCUUUGAGAAUAAUGCAGAAUGGUCAGUAGUAUCAACAGCCGCACGAGAGGACGUUAUGUCAUUCGAAUCUAGGGUUAUAUUUACACUCAACUUGAAAAGAAAUCCGACUUAUUAUUUGUGGAAUAUCAUCAUUCCAAUCAUUUUACUGAGUGUAUUGAAUGUGUUUACUUUUGCACUUCCAGCUGACAGUUCUGCGAAAAUGGGGUAUUGCAUAACGGUGUUUCUUUCGUUUGCCGUUUUCCUUACAAUUGUCAAUUCCGAGCUUCCCAAAACAUCUGGAUCAAUAUUGGGAUAUUAUUUAAUGUUCCAGCUAGGUAUGGGAACUUUUGUUGUGUGCUGUACGACUAUAGAACUUCGAUUUCAUCAUCGUAAAGACGGUGUUCCAAAGAACAUAAUCAAGCUAAUGAAAUUCCGGAAUGUAAAGAAAAUUACAUCAAAGCAUCAAAAUGAAACAGAAAGUGAACAAGGGAUGACGUGGGGUGAUGUUAUUUCAUCAUUUGAUUUUGUAUUGUUUUGGAUAACGUCUGUAUUAGUUGUAAUUGCUACAAUUACAGUUUUAGGAUUGCUUUGUACAAAUUAGAUAAAACGCGUUCUCUUGCGUUAGAUUUUGGCUCUUUGUAAGAUGGUGGUAUGAAUUUUGAUGUAUUUACUAAAUUAUAUGACACUUUGGUCAAACCCAUUUUUACAUAUGCUUCCGGUGUAUGGGGCAUUAAUAUACAUAAUUGUAUAAAUAGUUUGCAAAACAAUGCUUGUAAAUUUUUCUUAGGCUUAAGCAAGAGAAGCAGCAAUCUAGCUGCUAGAGGUGAUAUGGGUUUUUUAUCAGGUGAUGCACUACUAAAAGUUGACGUUUUUAAACUAUAGAAUCGUCUUAAAUGUGACAAUAUCAGUAAUAUAUGUAAAAAGGUUCAUACCUGGGCGAUUAGAGGAAAAUCGUCAUGGAAUUAUAGAGUUUUACAGUUAGCUCUUAAAUAUAGUUUGAUUCAAAAUGUAGAAGAUGAAAUUAAUAUGAGUAAUGUAUGGGAUCCUAUACAAACUUUUGAAAAAGAAUCUUGGCAUCAUGAAGUAUGGAAUGAUAAAAAUAAUGUCAAUGGUAAUAAAUUAAGAUUUUAUAGAUUGUUUAAAACUUGUAUUGGUACGGAGCCUUAUGUAAAGGUAGUUAAUAAUUUUGUAUUUUGUCACUUUUCAGAGCUGGUUCGUUACAACUUAAAGUUGAAACAGGUCAAUAUGCUAGACCACCAGAACCUCUACAAGACCGUUUAUUUAUUUUUUGUGAUAGUGGCCAAAUUGAAGAUGAAAAACACUUUCUUUUUAAUUGUUGUUUUUACUCUGAUAUCAGACAUGAAUUAUAUGCCAAAGCCUGUCUUUUAAAUGUUGAUUUUGAGUAUUUAUGCGAUAUUGAAAAAACUUUGUUAUCUGAUGUGUAAUGAGAAUAUGGUUCCUCUUUUAGCUAGUUCCCUUUAUUAUAUCUUUUACCGACGUAAACAUGUCAUCUAGAAAUUAUAUAUGUUUUUUAUUUUUUUUUUUUUUUU